AUGUCAGCUUCUAUCCUGCGUUCACUCGCCCGACCCUCCUCGGGACUGAGAGUCGGCCUUUCCACCCUUCACCAAGCACAACGCACUAUGGCAACGGGUGUAGCGAAGAAAGAAUGGCUUGCGAUCAUGCCUGAUAAGCCUAAUGUUUUGGAAAUCAGAAAGAAGGUGAAAGCGACGCACUAUGAAGGCAUCAAACCAUUGAUCGCUUCCGGGACACUACCAGCGGGCGGCGCCAUUUUUGAGAAGCAUCCUGCUGAUGGAGAGCCGGCUCUAUUCAAGGGGAGCGUUGUCGUCUAUUCCGCCGAGAGCAUCGACGAGGUGCACAAAAUCAUUGAGAAUGAUGUAUACACCACCAGCGGCGUGUGGGACCUUGAAAAAGCUCAGGUCCUGCCAGUGACUCUAGUGUAG